AGUAACAAAUAUCUUCCUCAUAUCCAAUCUAAACCCACACUCCUUUCAUUUCAAGCCAUUUCACCUUGUCCUAAUGGCCUGGUUUAACCACAGCCAGCAGCCACGCCCCAAGCAGCCGCUCCCUCCCUCCCCGACCACUGGGAUCAGGCAGAGAACUGGAAGGGUCAAAGCUGGAAAGCUCAAGGGUGGAGAUGAAGACAGUUUACCAGGGAAAGAACAAGCUGUGCACACAAGCACAGCACAUCAAGGAAUUCUUUCACCAUUUCCCAUGGACUGAAAGGUGCUCAGGCACCUCCAGGAGAGCAGGCCCCAUCCCACCUUACAGUUACCUGGGAAGACAAAACCCAGCACUCCAAAUGCCCCCUCCUUCCUCCUCCUUCCCCUCCCUUUAAAUCAUCAGCAUGAUGUCACACGGCCUGGAAUAUCCCUCUGGUCAGUUGGGCUCACCUGUCCUGGCUGUGUCUCCUCCCAACCUCCCAAGCACCCCCAGCCUCCUUGCCAGCCUGGCAGCACAAAAAGCAGAAAAGGCCUUGACUCUGUCAAACCUCUGCCCAGCAAUAACAGAAACAUCCCUGUGUUAUCAACUCUGUGUUCAGCAGAACUCCACAACACAGCCCCAUACCUGCCACUGUCAAAACAAUUCACUCUGAACCCAGCACAGCCAUCAGCUCCAUGCCCUUGUGCAAAGUCUCUCUCCAGCUCUCCUGUAGACCCCAAAAGUACUGGCAGGUGCUCUGAGGUAUCCCCAGAGCCUUCUGCUUCCCAGGCUGCUGGGAUGAAGCUGAUACAAAGCCAUGGCAAUCAGGCAAGAGAAUAUUUGUAGCCUGGCCAUCGGAAUGAUGUUCUGGGAGGCUGCAGAAGAGCAGACUGUCAAUAUCUGAGUGUACUCAGAGACAGGCCAGUCCAUCCAAUGUCACCAGAGAUGUUCUGUUGGGAACAGAAACACGUGUAGGUGCUGGAGCAGCAGCAGCUGCAGCUGGGGGAAUUGAUGAAUUGACCAAGGAAGUGACCAGACCCUGUUGGCUGACCCUAACAUACCAUGCUGCCAGUCAGCAAAUUUGGGUGAAAUUCUGAGGAAACCAUGAAAAACAACUGAAAAAACAUUUCACGAUGGGUGUGAACAUACCCCCUGUGUGAAAAUAGAAAUCUUCUCAAUUCUGUGGAAUUUCCUGUUUAUAAGAAGGGGCAAAUUUAUGACUGGGUAUAUAUUGCAGUGCAACUCCUGAGGAUUCAAACAGUUCUUUCUCCAGGAAGAAGACAGAAGGAACAGUUCAGCUGCCUGUUCGGAGACUCUGCUUCAAGGAGAGCAAGAGCCCUUCUCUGAAAUCCUCCCACGAUGCUGGGGCUGCUGCUGCUGCAGGUGUUGGCCAGCUGCCUCUGGCUGGGACACGGUGAGGUGGUGACAUCCUUCACAAGCUGUCCUCAGUUCUUCUAUGCUGGGACCACCCCAAAUGAUGUCCUGAAUCCAAAGAACCCAGCCUGGAUCUGUCAGCGCUACAUGAACUCAUAUCACUAUGCCACCCUGUAUGACAGAGACAGGAGAAUUCCAGUGUACUCAGCCUACAAAUACAAGCCUGGAGAUGCCAAGAAACCUCACUCGUGGUGGUUUGUUGAGCCCCAGCUCAUAGAUAAAAGUAGUCUGAAAGAGAUGGAAAGAGAGUCGGUCCUCAUAAAGCAACAAAAAUUCACUUUAGAACAAAUCAAAGAGAGCCAGGCUGUCCUUGAUGACUACAAAGACCUGAAGGAUUUGGACCGUGGCCAUUUGAGCCCCAGUGGCCAUCAGGAUAGUAGAGAAAGCAAGACAGCUACCUUCACCCUCACCAACAUAGUGCCCCAGGACAGCAGUCUCAACAAUGGCCAGUGGAACGCCUACGAAGUUAAAACAAUGAACAAAAAGACCAAGGACUGUACAAGCACCUACGUUGUCACGGGUGCUGUGCCUGGGAACACCUACGUCUCCGAAGGCAGGGUUAACAGACCCAGCCACAUCUGGUCAGCUGCCUGCUGUCUGGGGGACACAGGGCCCAAAGAUGCUUGGGGGGCCAUUGCUGAGAACGACAAGAAUGAGGUGGAGGUCCUCAGCCUGGGGGAGCUGGAGAAGAGGUUGACCAAUCUCUACGGGGGAAUGGUUACUCUGUUCAACAAUGCCUGUCCCCGGGAACAAAGCUCACAUCCUCAUUAGAAGAGGCUUGGUGGCAUUUCCACAUGUCCUAGAAUCACAGAAUCACAGAAUGGGUUGCUCUUGAUGAGACCUUAGAAAUCACCUCAUUCCGACCUGCCUGCCAUGGUAAAGGACACCUCCCGCUACACCAGGUUGUUCCAAGCCCUCCCCAACCUGGCCUUGAACGCUUCCAGAGAUGGAGCAGUCAAAACAGCUCUGGGUAACUUUUACUCAUACCACAGCCUGCUCAGGGUAAUUUACUUGGUUAUAAUAUCCCAUCUAGCCCUGCCCUCCAUCAGUGUGAAACCAUUCCCACUUCUCCUGUCACUCCAUACCCUUGUCCAAAGACCCCCUCCAGCCCUCAUCGAGGUCCUUUAGGUAAGGGACAAAUGUCCUCUGCAGCGUCUGUGCUGCUUCCUUCUCUGGUGUGUUUCCAGCUCUGUCCCUCAGGGCACCUCCUCCUCUGCUCAAAGGCACAAAGCUGUGGGCAGAGCCUCCAGCUGCUUUGCUUUGCUGCCCCUCUCAGGAGAGAGCUCUCAGGAACGGGUCCUCUCCUCCUCAGCUGUCCCCGAGAGUGUGCAGCUGACUUGUCCCUCACCUCCUUAGCAAGGCUGUGGGACCAGGGCACCUCACACUGCCCAGAGAUCUUUUCUGGAGAUCUCCAUGUCUGCAGAUACCCAAACCCCAACAAUACAUGGUGAUGGACAACCUGCUCUUGCUGAUCCUGCUGGAGCCUGGGGUCUGCACUAGAAGAUCCUGACAAAUCCCUCCAAAACACAACAAUUCAGUGAUUCUGUGAUCCUGGGACAUGCUUUUGGUUGCUUGCUUUGGAAACUGCACCUUGAGAGCAGCAGCUGUUGUAUCAGACAGGCAGGCUUUGGCAUCAGACACAGAGAAAGCUUUGAGCAGCCAAAGCUAAAUUCCUGUGGUGCA